AUGCUGGUAACUUAUUUGGAAGCCAGCCGGGACCUUUGCGAGACGGACUCAGUUAUUUUUGACACCGCAGUGGCAUUAUGUCGUAUUGUUGGCGCCAAAAUUCCCAUGACUCGACGCGCUACUAAACAAAGUAGCGCCAUCCCAGCCUGGAGAAAAAUAAUUAAGGACCGUAUCGCAAAGGCAAGGGUCCUUAUCGGAAGACUGACAAGUUUCAGGUCGGGUAAUAAUAGACCGAGGGUUGUGCGCACCGUUAGAAUGGCGUUAGCUGGGACAAAUAUCAGUUUGUCCAAGCCGCAUAUCACGCAGAAACUAACGGAGCGCAUAGUGGACCUGAAGCAAAAGAUCGCUGCUUGGGGGAAGCGGAUUCGACGAUUUGAUUUGAGGUCAAGGUGGUUCAACCAGAAUCGUCUCUUCCAGGGUGAUCAAAAGAGGCUCGAAAAAUCAUUGGAGCAACCAGAGGUAUGUGGAGCGGGCCCAGGACCGGAUCAGGCUAACACUGUCACAUUUUGGCGUGGCCUGUGGUCAAAUCCCGUAAACCACAGCGAGGGACAUUACUAUUCCGUGUGA